AUCCUCAAGGUGAGCACAUACCCCAAGAGCAUUUGGAUGCACGACGUAUAGACGCUGGGGGCGGGUCUGGGUGCUUUCGAGAGAAUCGCCUCUACACGAGGACGGCGUCACACCCUCAGCGCGGCCGCUGGCACCCGUUACUUGUGUUGAUCGCUCGUAUGAAGGGAGCUGGGCGAAACAGAGAGGUCGAAGAGGUUCGGGAGCGCGCCGUGAAGAGAGCGGACGCCAGCGCAGUGCUGGCAUCGAUCAUCGCGAACUGGAAGACCAAGUGCAGAAUGCUACCAUCUCAAUCGAGCAGAACGUUCGAUAGGAGGGGAUAAUGGUCUUGGUUGCCGGGCUUGGUGUGGUUGUGCCCGCGAGGUGGCGCUUGCUGAGGAAGCGGAAAUUUGGUCUGCCCGGCGCCUCAACCUGCAGCCGAUUGCUGACCCUGAAAAUCACCGCUCGUCACCAGACAAGAUGGGUGCCUACAAAUACGUAGAGGCUAUUCACCAGAAGAAGCAGUCGGACCUGCUCAGGUUCCUGCUCCGCGUGCGAUGCUGGGAGUACCGCCAACUUCCAGUCAUUCACCGAUGCUCGCGCCCUUCGCGCCCAGACAAGGCUCGUCGUCUCGGCUACAAGGCCAAGCAAGGCUACGUGAUCUACCGCAUUCGCGUUCGCCGCGGUAACCGCAAGAAGCCUGCUCCCAAAGGUGCCACAUACGGCAAGCCCGUCCACCAAGGUGUCAACCAUCUCAAGUACCAGCGCAGUCUGCGUUCUACUGCAGAGGAGCGUGUUGGCCGCAAAUGUGGUAACUUGCGAAUUUUGAACUCGUACUGGGUCAAUGCUGAUGGUGUCUACAAGUACUUCGAGAUCAUCGCUGUGGACCCAUCGCACAAGGCCAUCCGCCGCGAUGCUCGCAUCAACUGGAUCGUCAACCCCGUUCACAAGCGUCGCGAGGCUCGCGGUCUAACCGCUACCGGCAAAAAGAGCCGCGGCCAUCUCGGCAAGGGUCACCGCUUCAACCACACGAAGCACGGAGGAAAGAACUCGACCAUCCGCAAGCGCGACACUCUCCAGCUCAGACGUUAUCGCUAAGCGUCUCGACUGCUUGGAGUCUGAUGCCAAUCGGUCAGUCGACGGUCGCUUUCACCACACUCUUCCAACCCCCUUUCGCCUUGUCUCGGCCCCUUCCCCUUCACGCUCUCAAGCAUAUGCCUGUACGUCUCCCAUGCGACCGCUACACAAAAGCGUCUCACCGCGCUCUGGUGUCUUUGUCAAUACAGACAUCUUCACACUA